CGAAAUCCAUACUCAACUGUGUUCUUCAAUGGACGGUGGCUGAUUCUGUGAUUUGCUCUUUAGUCUCCCUCAGUCGCAGUCAGCUUCUUCACUUUGCCCAAAGUACGCAAGGAAGUUGUACAGCUGGACCACAGACACGAGCGCGGGGUGGAUUUCCCGCCAUUGCACAUUGAGUCUUUCAUUGCACAUUGCUUCCGGUCCCGGAUGCGAAGAUCUCUUGAAUUUUGGUCACUGUCACUUGUCGGUAGGAGUUCGGUAAACAAAACCCAGGACAGACGCCCUCCUGGAUUUUGUUUAGUCCGCCAAGAAUUUGAUUUAAAGUCAUCUUUCACAGGGCAGGUUUCGAAAUCUGCAAGAGUGCGUAGCGAAGGUGUUGAUGAUACUGCCAAGAUUUUGAUCUGAAGUCAUCUGUCAGAGGGCUGGUUUCGAAUUUUGCAGGAGUUCGUAGCGCGAAGAUGUUGGUUGUACUGCCAAGAUUUGGAACCAUAGGUAUAUCCGUCACAGGGCUGGCUGCGAAACUUGCAGGAGUUAGUAGCUGAGCGGGGAGGAAGAACUUUAUAGGAUUGGAGGUCUGGGAGAUGUUCACGGGCACGUUGUUUUUCAUGUUUGCUCUCACGCCUGAAGAAGGUUAUGGAAUUUUAUAAUCGCCACUCAGAGCGUGCAAGCCGGAAGUUGAUUCGGAAUAGUUGCUAGAAUCAUUCGAAUUCAAGAGACUCUUCGUCCUUCAGAGUAAAAUUUGAGCACGGUGCCUGAAAGAUGUUGGAUGGUGGCAGUGCGAAUGGAUUUUGGUGGUCGACGAGGCAGUGUCUUUCGACCUUUGAUUAUGAGAUAAACUGGCUCAUAUUUCGCAGCCUGUAGAUUCGGGGCCUCGUCUGUGAGAGGGUCCUCUUAAGUGUGCAGCGAUGCCGAUGCCGACAGCCUCGACUUUGAACGCCAAGCACCACACCUUUCUGCAGGCUAUUAUGAACAGGGGUCCUCUGUGGGAGGACACCGUUCUCCAAAUAUACAAAUCACUUCAGAAUGUCGACUCUCUUGAUGGUUUUUAUUUGUUUCUCGGAGAAAUCAACAAGGAGCUCGAAUUUGUGGAGAUGGAGCUCAAGAAAGUUACGAACCAGAACGAUGGUAAGGAGUAUUUCGGCAUGAUAAAUAAGUAUGCCAGCCCGCAGGCAAAGCUCGGGUCGAGACUCUCAAGCGCUCAAAUCGCCUUCUUCAAAGCUGUGAUGGAGGCCAUAGUCCUAGAGCCUUCUGGUGAAGGCUACAUUCUUAGUGCUACGGCCCUGAAUCUGAAGCCCGCCGAAGCUCAUCAGGUGGAGGCGUCUGGAGCAGCAAGCAGCCAAACGACGGCUAUCAUCAAAAUGACAAUGAGUGCAAAAGAAGAAGCUUUGGAUCUUCUGGUAAGAGACCAAUGGCUUAGCCGCACUGGAGACGGUGGAGUCUCAUUAGGAACGAGGUCCUUUUUAGAACUGAGAGGGUUGUUCAGAAACUUGGAGGUGCCUUUCUGCGAGGUUUGCAACGAAGCUGCAAUUAAGGCUGAGCUUUGCCAAAAUCACGAGUGUCAAGUGCGAAUGCACUCGUACUGUCUAAACAAGAAAUUUCGAGGACGUCAGGCGAGAGUAUGUUCUCGUUGUCAUUUCGAGUGGGUAGGUGCUGCAGCUGAAGACGACGAUGAAGAAGAGAACAUGAAUGGGCAGACUAGGAACCCUAGAGGUAGUUCUCGUCGCGACAAUACAAUUCGAGAGCCUAUGGUGGCUGACACCAUAGUCGUGGCUGACACCGACGAUGAGGAAGAGAACAUCACGGGGCACAUUCGGAGACCUGCGAUUAACAUUCGCAAUUCUCGUCGCGGCAGUACAUUGGCAAAGCCUGCGGCGUCGCAAAAUGAGAGAAAUAAACCCGCUCGGAGGUCUCAGUAUUCCACCCGAAACAAAUCUCGAGUAAGUGGAUCACCAGACAACGAAGAAAAUAGUGAGGCAGAAGACCCGGAAGAAGAAGACAUCACGCGACUCGACUCAGAGGAGGAGCCCGAGGAUUCUCCGCCCCCCAGGAAACGCAGAUUGCUGCGGAAGAGGGGUUGAGCACUUUCGAUGACGAGUUUUCUUCUGUACCAUUUGUAAAAUGAAAGGACGCUGUGAUGAAAGAUGGAGUGUCAGGGACGGCUCCAUAUAUGUUGUGAGAGGUAGUAGGUUUUACAAAGGGUUAGUUGUUAGAUUAGAGCUUUCGGGGAGUAAGAACAUCGUCCUGGUUUAUGUAGAUACCCGCAGGGGAAGCUUCCGUUUGGAUGAUUCAGGCCCAAUCAUUCUGUACAGUGUUUUCGGCCGCAGUUUGGAUGCAGAGCCCAUCGUUUCUUCUCAAAUAACCUUCUUCAGUCUACAUCGGCGGAAUAUAUUUGUUGAAUUCAGGCUGAAACAUUCUCAGUUGUGUUCGCCGAGCCGAGAAGUUGACUAAGAGAGAGAGCCAACCUAACCUUCUGAGACUGCAGAUAAUUCUGUAAAACGAGGACAGAAAGCUUUGAAGAUCACCUCAAUCUUUCAUGCUUUCUUGUCGAAGACGAGUCCAGUCCUUUCUUCUUGGAGAAGCUUGUUCGGAGGAAGGGCUUUUCGUUUCACUGAACGCACUCACAUAUACUGAAAGAUAUCACUAAGCAUUCCUUGUUGUAGAAACCAAGUGAAGACAUAUGUAGCCCAUGGGCUGAGGCCGGAUCAGACGUGGCUUAGGCGAUGACCCGAACGAAAAUGAAGUUUUCCAGUCUACCACUUUGUAUAGGAGAGGGGAAUUAGCAGCUUAGUGUUGUUUUUACAAAUCUGCUACGGCGGCCAUAAUCGUUGGCCGCCGUAUCAGAUUUUUCCACACAACACUAAGCUGCUAUAAGCUGCUAUGCCAUGAACAUUGGCAUGUGAACGCAUUAGCUGUACUUCACUAGUCCAGACCAGAAAGUGUUUUUACUUUGUUUGCUCAUAAUUAAAACAAACGUUCUUACAAA